AGUGAAGUGAGACUUCCUUCAGUUGACGAAACCCAUAUUGAUUUCCUCGGCCCUCGUCAAUUGUUGGAAUCAUCCCUAGUUUCUUCAAAUUUCAAUACUCAUUUACUCCGUAGACAUUCAAUUUUAUAUUCCUUUAUUGAUUCUAAAGUUAACAGAAAUAAUAGCCUUGGUUGUUACAGUGAAAGAAGAUUUGUGUUUUAGCCUUCCUUUAUAACGUCAAAAAAACAAAAUGGCCUGUGCUACUCUGAAACGUUCAUUAGAUUUUGAUCCGGUUCAUAGCAGACCCUCCAAACGACAGAGAUGUAUACCUAUGUGCAUUUCACCUUCGAAUUCUCCGCCUACAACACGAAGUGAUUAUGAUCCAUCGCCUUUUGCCAACGUUUGCCCAAAAUUAACUCCAGAAAUGAUGGCUGCGGCGAUUCGUGAGGAAAUGCGCCGCCUUCAUCGGCGAAAGCAGUUGCACUUCAAUCCCAACGAGAGCCAUCUGGAUCGUGAGUCCUCAUCUGACUCCCCGGGCUCACCUUCGGGCAGUAGCUUUGCUGCGACUUACCACCAGAGUCACCGCGACAAACCACUCUUCACAUUCAGACAGGUGGGAAUUAUUUGUGAAAGAAUGAUGACUGAGCGAGAGACUCAGCUCCGUGAAGAAUAUGAUCGCAUCCUGAACUUGAAACUUUCUGAGCAAUACGAAUCAUUCGUCAAGUUUUCUAAUGAUCAACUCCAUAGACGUUUUGACAUGGCGGCAGCACCAAGCUAUCUGUCCUAAGCCAGACCAAGAGGGGCGAAGCAGUGCCUGAUCAUUCUUUCACCAUCGUUUCAAUCAUUUGUCAUCAGAGAGUAGUGGCUAUUGUAAAUAUUGCGUAAAUUUUAGUUUAUUUUGGUGGAUUAUUUUACUAUGCAUCUUUGUUAUUCUCGGAAAAGUUUUAUUUGUUGAAUUCAAGUUUUGAUGUGUUGCGCCUACAGAAAAACCGAUUAGAACGGUUAUAGCAGGACUAUUUGAAAUCUUUUAAAGUUUGAAGAACUGUUUAGUAUUGGGUAAAUAAAUUUAUUUUUCGACUUGUGAUGUUUUAUUUCCUAAGUCAACACUAAAAGUAUCUAUUAAAUUAUUAAUAGCCUAAAUAAACAAUUGUAGAAUAGUGUUUCAUGUUAAGGCCUAAAUAAAUAACCUUUGUUUCGUUUCAAUCGGUUGUUCUAUUUAUAGUAAAAAUAAUAACCAAUACAUAUGUACCAAGGCUGAUAAUUUUCUACUCAAACUUUCAUAACUGAUGUCAGUGAUUAAAUUAUUGUACUACCGUAACCAUUAUUCUAACUAAUAAUAAAUGAAAAAAAUAUAAUUGUAUAAUUUUUUAUAUUUUUAGAUUUAUACUGUAGGUAUUGUAUUGAGUGUAUUGUAUUUUUGUUAAUUUAGAUUUUUCAUGGGUUGCUAUUGCUUCUCUGUACUUCCUUUCUAAAUCUUAAGAUUGUUUGAGACUGACAACUUCAAAUAGUGUCUUAACUUUAAUUUCUCCUUAGCAAUUUUUUAUGCAGCCUACUCUUUUGGUUAGAGUUGGACAUUUUAUUUUUUAUUGUAGAAGGAAUAGCAGAUUUCUAAGCAUCAAAGUAAAAACUACACUAAAUUUAUGGCUUUCACCCGUCUCCUUUUUAUUUCAGUUACACUAAAGUGAUAUUUCACACUAUGAUAGCAGGAACAAACAUACUUAAAAAUGUGUAUACUAUUUAUUGCCUUCUGCUAAUCUUUAAUCUUCUCACCCUGUCAAACAGGUUCCCUUUCUUAGCUUUAGUAACUCAAUAUAAUAUUGUUUCAUUUUAUUUAAUUGUAUAACUUUUAUUAUUUCAAUGCUAGUUUUAAGUUAUGUAUAAUUGUAGUGGUAGAUUUAUAAAGUUAGUUUUAAGAUAUAACAUUUGGUAUUAGUCUUAAGCUUUUUCGCCUCUAGCCACCACUCUCUCGAUCUCACUCUGAAAGAAUGACUCUGUCACUAUGAAGGUAGAAAGAAACAAUAUACUUAGACUUACUAUGCCUAGAUCGUAACUUAUUUAUAUCAUAAAAUGUAACAAAUAACUAAGCUUUUGAUGCUUUGGCACUCGCUAUUCUUGAUUUUUGGUACACUGAUUUUAUAUUGUAAACAGUGUGACGUGCAGUAACCUACUCGAAUAAGCUCAAUUCUAAACACUAUUUUGUACAACAGAACAGUUAUUGCCUUGUAGAAUUAAUCCUUUGUAUGUUUCGUGUGUAGCUGAUGUACAAAUGGAUGUUAUCAGGUGUUUGUAUAUUAUGUAGCUUUACAUUCAGUUGAUUUAUCUUUGAAUUAAAUUCAGUAGCUGAUUUUGUGUAUUGAUAAUUAUUUGGGUUGGAAAUAAAGUCAUUGCAACUGUAUAA